AAGCGGCCGCCCUGGAGAAGUUUACGUUUACCUAAAAUCUGUGCGGAUUGACUCGGAAGCCUCCAACCUCAUGGCAUGUGACUGACCGGAGUCACCAGACGGUUGUCAUUUUUGUCCUACGCUGCUGCGGGUAUGGAGGCUCAGUCUUCCAGCGCACUGAGUGCAGAAAGUCCGAGUCAACGCGAAAUCUACUCACAUCAACAAGCCCAUGAUGGACAGUGGGACAGUGAUGUUCCGACUUCGUUGUCUGCGCCUACUCGCUGUAUGAUGAUAUUUGACCUUCAGUGGAAGGUUUUCCAGCUGGUCCAUGACACUUUCAAUACGGUGUGCUCAAGAAAUCAGACACUCCUUGCACUUGCUUUGACGUGCAAAUCAUUCACUAAACUUGCAUUGGACCUUUUGUGGCAAGACCUACGUGGGCUUGCGCCGCUUGUCAGAUGUCUCCCACAAAGCCUAUGGAAACAUGUUGAGGGAAAACUGGAAUUUCAAAGACCCAUGACUUUCGAUGACUGGCUUAUUUUUUCCAAAUACGCCCAUCGUGUCCGUUCACUCAACAACACAACAAUCUAUGGGAUGGAUCCGCUAGAUAUCGAGAUUUGGCGUACCCUCAGCUGCCCUCCCUUUUUCCUUCCCUUACUCCCGAACUUGAUGUCUCUUAUCUGGAGCGAGGCUGCCACCGAGAAAUUUAUAUAUAUCCGGUUGUUCGUAACCCCAAAAUUGAAGACACUCAAUAUCUCCAACCGUAUCGCCUUUGGUCUAACCGAACAGUCCGUCUUGUUAUCUAUCCCAAUGUUGUGCCCUGCUGUCUCAGAUCUUAGCCUUUAUCCACUCAUGAAAUCAGGAGACAUGUCGUCCUCGCUGCAACGCUGGUCUCAUCUAUCAUAUGUGAGCAUCGGAGAAGUUUCUGAGGCAGCCAUACUACACCUGUCCAAUUCGCCCUCGCUUCAAUUUCUCAAAUUCUACCUAUCUUCAAUGCCUAUAUCUGCGGAUACACAGAAGCUCUUGCGCUACCCUGCAUUCUGCGCAUUACAAGAACUGCACAUAAAGUGCGUCGCACUGGAGCUCGUGGACGCUUUCAUGGAGACACUCUCCAUCGCCCCAAAAGUACUAUCAAUUACCAUCAAUAAUCAACCAGAUACUCAACGGGCCCUGCCGAUUUCAAUCUCCCGUCUAUCCAAUGCCUGCGUGCACAGCUCACUACAACAAGUGCAACUCCACAUCAAUGACCGGUCUGAUUCCUUUGAUGCAAUCGGAGCUGCACCUUUUCAACCGCUCUACGCUAUGCGCAAUCUUCGCAAGCUCGACUUCGAAGUGAACCUUCAGGUCCAUUUGGAUGAGGCUUCCCUUUUGCAGAUGGCUAUGGCCUGGCCACUCCUGGAAGAAUUAUACUUCAACAGAGAUGAGAGUGACGAUGUCACCCCGCAUGCCUUCGUCUUGUUGUUGCAACAUUGCCCAUGUUUAGUCUCGGUUGGCAUUGCCGUAGACUGGUCUACUAUAGACGGACAUGACAUAUCCCCCGACGUUCCUUACCAAGGAUUUGCACACGAGGCGCUAUCUCGAGCAUUUUUCGGUGCUCCAAGAAUUUAUCAUCCGGCAAGGAUUGCUGCAUUUAUCUCAGCCAUUGCACCCAACAUGAAGUCAAUUCAGGUAUGGGACUUUGAAUUCUCUGAGGACGAUCCAGACUGCGACACAUACACUGCAAGGUGGGAUCUCGUCCAGGAUUUGAUCAAAUCCUUCUCCACAGUCCGUGACCAGGGCAGGAGAAUGGUGCUGAACGCAGGCGGAGAGGCUAAUGGAAAAAUACGAAGUCCAUAUGGCCACUGCGGGGUUAUGCAGCCAGCGCAGGAGACAGAAAGUCGGGAAGCGGCUGUUGGUGGUAACGUUGGUUGGGAUUGAGCGGCUUCCGAGGAAUGCAGCGGAGAGGCCGAUGUUUUGACCCAGUCUCGUCGAAGGACGACGAAUAAUUCAAAACGCAGACAAUCGCGCAUUGAAUUCGCCUAGCCGUUUGCACUUGCUAUAUUUGUGUUCCUAAUCGGAGUAGUACCUCAAGGAAGAUUUGGGCGCAGCCAUGCUGCCACU